GCGCCGGAAGAGAAGCGCGUCUCCUCAGGGCCCGCCAUCUUGUGCGGCAGCGAGCAGGGCGCGGGGGGCCCGGUAGCAUCCGCGCAGGAUCCCGCCGUCGGGGGCCCAUCAUGCCCGGACACCUGCAGGAGGGCUUCGGGUGCGUCGUCACCAACCGCUUCGAUCAGCUCUUCGAUGACGAGUCCGACCCCUUCGAGGUGUUGCGCGCGGCGGAGAGCCGGAGGAAGGAGAGCGGCGGCGGCGGCGGCGGGAGCCAAGCGGGCGGCGGAGCCCGAGGUCCGGCGGGCGCCCAGAGCGGCUCCUCGGGCGGGGCCGGCGGAGCAGGCCAGGCUGGCGGCGGCGCGGGCAGCGCGGCCAAGCAGCUGCGCAGGGAGUCGCAGAAGGAGCGCAAGAACCCGCUGCCGCCCUUCGCCGGCGGGGACCGCCGGGAGGAUGGCGGGGGCCAGCCCGGAGCGCCGCUGCGGAAGGAGGGGAUAAGGAGGAUUGGCAGGAGGCCUGAUCAGCAGCAGCAGCAGCAGCAGCAGGGCGAGGGCAAACCCAUCGACAGGAGACCCGAGCGACGGCCUCCCCGCGAGCGCCGCUUCGAGAAACCCGCCGAGGAGAAGGGCGAGGGAGGAGAGUUCUCCGUGGAUAAACCCAUCCUGGAGCGGCCCAUGCGUGGACGCGGAGGCCUGGGCCGGGGCCGCGGGCGCGGGCGCGGGAUGGGCCGCGGCGACGGCUUCGACUCGCGCGGCAAGCGGGAGUUCGACAGACACAGCGGCAGCGACCGAUCUUCUGUUUCACAUUCACAUUUCAGCGGCCUAAAGCACGAGGACAAGCGCGGCGGCAGCGGGUCGCACAACUGGGGAACCGUCAAAGACGAGCUAACUGAAUUGGAUCAGUCAGCUGUAACUGAGGAAACGCCAGAGGGAGAGGAGCAUCCGCCUGCUGAUUCUGAAAAUAAAGAGAAUGAGGUUGAAGAAGUUAAGGAAGAAGGCCCUAAGGAAAUGACCCUGGAUGAGUGGAAAGCCAUCCAAAGCAAGGACCGUGCAAAAGUCGAGUUCAACAUCCGCAAACCAAACGAGGGAGCUGAUGGCCAGUGGAAAAAAGGAUUUGUGCUCCACAAGUCAAAGAGUGAGGAGACAAAGGCGAUGACAGAAAUGCAGGGGAGUCUGCUGGAUUCACAUGAGGCCCACGCUGAGGACUCGGUAAUGGAUCACCACUUCCGCAAGCCCGCCAACGACAUCACGUCCCAGCUGGAGAUCAACUUCGGAGACCUGGGCCGCCCCGGCCGCGGCGGCAGGGGGGGAAGGGGCGGCCGCGGCCGCGGGGGCAGGGCCAGCCGCGGGGGCAGGACCGACAAGUUGGUCAAGGAGUUUGAUGUGAUCCACACGCCCAACCAGUCAAGUGCUUCUGCUCCUGACGUAGAUGACCCAGAGGCUUUCCCAGCUCUGUCCUAAACUGGAUGUCAUAAAGCCAACCCUGCCCUGGUGGGCCUUCCUCUCCGAGGCUUGCAUGCUUAAGGAUCCUAAAACAACUAAGAAAUUGAAAAACAAAACAAAAAAAAAAGAGACUGUCAUUCAUACCAUUCACACCUAAAGACUGAAUUUUAUCUGUUUUGAAAAUGAACUUCUCUCGCUACACAGAAGCAACAAUAUGGUAGUCAAGUUUUGUAUUUAGAAAUGUAAUGGUAGCAGGGAUGUUUUCAUAAUUUUUUCAGAGAUUAUGCAUUCUUCAUGGAUACUUUUUUGUAUUGCUGCUUGAAAAUAUGCGUUUCCAAACUUGAAAUAUAGGUGUGAACAGUGUGUACCAGUUAAAA